GCAGUCAUUCAUCUCUUAGGGAGAGGAGAGGACACUACACCAGGACGGGAAAGAAACACUUUCUGAGCAGAGAAGAAGAAGAAGAGCGAAGAUUUUUAAGUUUUAGGUCUGAAGCCUGUUAGACUCAAGUCCAGCUGCACUUUUCAUCUUCAUCAUCAUUUCUUUCAGCACAUGCUGCAAGUAUUUCUCUACUAAACUUCACUUGCUCUUUCUGCUCUGAGUGGAGAUACUUCCACUUCUUCUCCUGCUGCUGAGGGCACUUUUCCUGCUGAAAUACAAACUCUGCACGCCUUUAAAAGGAACAUCUUAUUACGAGCUGUUUCUGCAAAUAAGUUAUCUGCAACUUGGACAGAGGGAGCUCACCUCCUCGGUGCAGCGUGCAUAAAGGGACUGCUCUGGUUUCUUCUGGGAGGUGACAUCAGAAGGACGCACAGGACCAGUGUGCUCCAGGAAGAGCUCCGGGAAGAGGAGGAGGAGGGGGCCGCGUCAGACAGAGAGAGAGAGAGAGCAUCCUCCCAGCCUUCACAAUCCUACAAAUACACACCCUUAAGACAAGAGGCUGACUUUUAUUGCAUUUAUUACUGUAGAGGAAGUUAUUCUAACAAAAUAACCCUCUCAGUAGUAUGAAGUAAGAUUUCAUACAAUCACUAAAGUGAACUUGUGUUGAGUUAAAGUCGCCCCAGGGCACCGUAGACGCCCUCCAAGCCUUCAAAGAAAUAUUUUCAGUUUAUUUUAGAGUUUGUUUGAGACUCACUCGAACAUCCGGGACGCCCAGCACCCCCCUGCAGAAUGGAUCUGCCUCCAAUCAGAGGUAAGCAUAAAUUCAUCCUGUCGCCAUCUGAUCUGCUGAUGAACUAUUGAUGAGUUGCAUGACCUUGGAAUAGAAAAGUUCCACCGGGAAUUUCUGAUUGGAUAUGAAAUUAUUUUAAAAGGUUGUUCAGUUUUGCGAAAAAACUCUGCAACUUUGCAUGUUUUAUUUACAUGUAAUAUCUAUAUUUUAAGCACUUUGCUUGAUAUUUUGUGGUGAAUUAAAAGAUUUCCCUUCCUAAACCUUAUUUUAUUUUCAAAAGGGAAACGAGUACGAAAGAUAAAAUUCCUCAGAGAAAUUUAUCUGCAGUCCCUUAAAACUUUCUGGGAAAACAUUUGAUCCUGAUGCCAAUUAGUAAUACAUUUUUAAUCAGCUUUAUGAACCUAAAUAAAGAUUGUUUUUAAGCUCCAAGUUGACGCAAAGCAUUUUCUUAUUGUUGCAGCUUUUAAUCAGAAGUUGUGACGAGGUUCGCUUCCUCUUGUGCGAGCAUAAAAGACGAACACAGCACCGCAAACAAACCUACAAAUUUGCAACUUAUUUUGGCAGAUCACACGACAAUGCGCCUAAAUAUCUAAGCUUCUAAAGUAGGAGAGUGCACUGUAAUUUGGUCUCUUAAUCCACCAGAAAGACUGUGUAGGUUCAAGAGGGGAAAUCUGUCUAUGCAUAAUGGUUUUAUUGAUGCAAAAAAGCUGCAGAAUUUAAUAAACGGGUGCAAACACACAUGCUGCUCAACUCUUCUUGCACAGUACUGUUACACACUGCAACGCUGCAUCUGUUUUAUGCAUGUUCAGGCCAGUAAUGGGUGUCUCCUGCAAACAUAUUUAAUAACUUUAAAACUUCGAUUUUUAGUGAGUUUUGGAAAAGGUUUCCCAACUCUACACAUGGUUGAAUCUCCGGGGGGCGAGAGUGAGAAUGUUCCUGAAGCAUCUUCCAAAUCAGGACAGAGAGAGAAGUCAUAGUAACCGAUUGUUAGAGCUGCAUGUUAACAUUAGUCUCAACGUGUUUUAACAGACUGCGUGCGUGUGUUACCCUGAUAGGGACAUGUGGGGUUUGCGAUUGAUUGUCCUCAAGGUCGGAUGCAGAAUGUCAAUACCCAUCUCCGCUGGGGUGGGACUGGAGGGGCGGGUGGAUGAGCAAAUGAUGGGACGGAUGGAUGGAUGGAUGGAUGGAUGGAUGAUGAGGGGGGAGGGGGAGAGAGAAAGUGAACGGUACAAGAGGAACAAGAGAAGUGGUGGUGUGGGGCGUAGAGGGUGACCAGGAUGGAUGGAUGGAUGGAUGGAUGGAUGGAUGGGAGGGGACAGUGCAUGUGUAGUUGGGGAAUAUGGCAGAUAGAUGAAUGAAUGAUGAAAUGGAUAGAGAAUGGGAGGGGUGGGGAAGGGUGGGAGGGGGAGGGCAGGAUGGAGAUGGAGGGUUUUUGUGCCACAGCAGAGGAGCUAAUGCACCGGCUAAUGCACUGUAGAACCACAAACUUGAGGAAGGAGAGAGAAAGGUUCGAGAAGAAACACUUAGUAGGACAAGAACAAAGACUAGCCUGGACUUCAGCGGUGAAUUAAACAGAGAAGAAAUAAGAAGCCUUUUCUAUCUGUGAGCCAAAAGGUUCAAAAUUUGAAAAUUUGGAAAGAUAUACAGCCACCGAAGAAAAUUAUUAGAUCACCCUUGUUUUAUUCAAUUUCUUGUUCAUUUUAAUGCCUGGUACAACAAAAGGGCUUUGUGUGGUCAAAUAUAAUAACAGCCAAAAUAGCUCAUACUCUCAGGAGUUUGAUUUGAGAGUUGAUAUCUUCCAUGGUCAUCUGGAUGAUAACAAAAAUCACUUGAGUGCUUACAUCAAUAGCUAUGGCAUCGUCCUGCCAAAGACAAAGCUUUUUGGCGUUCCAUGUUUUAUCUUCUGUCAGUUGGUCACAUGAUACAGACAGGGGUUAGUACUUGAUUGGAUAACCAUUGCGUUUGAUGACUGCAGCCAUGCGUCUUGGCAUGCUCUCCACCAGCCUCUGACAUUACCAAAUCUGCUUUGUUUUUGGGCUUGUGGUUCUCCAUUUUGAGUUUGAUGAUGUCCCACAGGUUUUCGGUUGGAUUUUGAUCUGCUGAUUGAGCAGGCCGAGGCAUGGUUUGAAUGUUUUGGUUCUCCACCGUGUGGCAAAGGGCAUUGUUUUUUUGGAAAAUUCGAACAAGGAAAGAAUUUAUCAGCUGAUGGAAGAAGACUGUUUUCAAGAGUAGUUUUGUACGUGACCUGGUUCAUUCGCCCUUCACACAACUGCAUUUGCCUUGUUCCACCUUUACUAAAACAACCCCAGAUCAUCAACAACCACCCUGAUAUUUUACUGUAGGGGCAGGACAGUCUGGUUUUUAAGCUUCUCCAGGCCCCUCCCCCUAACCAGUAAGUUGGCUGGAGUGGGCAUCAACUCAAAAUUGGAUUCAUCAUUGAAGAGAACCUUAUCCAAUCCUCGUGAACCCUAGCGAAGAGUAACCAAGACUUCCUCUGCCUGUCGUUGAUGAAGGGCUUCUUCCAUGCCCUGUGUGACUUGAGGCCGGCUUCAAGAAGUCGAUUUCAAACUGUCCUGGCCGAAUACGUCACAUUUCUUGACAGUGCCCACUCGUUUUUAAGGUCCCUGGAGGUCUGACGACAGUUCCUGAUGAGUGCACAGUCCUCUUGUGGGGUAGAAAGACGUUUCCUGCCUCGGCCAGCUAGCAAUUUGGAAGUACUAUGUUUGGCUUGCUUCUUCUUGGUGUGAUGAACAGCUGUCUUGUCUCCCACUCAUGCCAAUUUCCAGCAUUGCCAAGAUGCCAAGACUUCUUAGUUGUGCAAUGGCUUGAAUAUAAACAACUCGAGGCCUUUGCAUGUGCAGUGCUGCUACGGAUAUGAAAUGGCCUUUUAUAUACCCUGGGAAUACAAUUAAGCUUAAGCAUGUAGGACAUGAAAUAUUAUGGAAUCAGCCGCAUUUAUAGUUAUGUUCACCAUAUUCUUCAGGUAAUACACCUGUAGUGGUAUCAGGUAUUGUAGAAAACAAGGGUGGUCUAAUAUUUUUUUCCAUGACUGUAGGUCAGCUUUGCAUCUUUGAGGUUAAGAGUAGUUUUUUUUACAACACUAUAGUGACUAAAAGUUGAACUUUAUUGUGGCUGGGCAAUUCAGAGAGGAUAAGUCUUUUAGAGGUAAAAACUGAUGAUUUAUUUCUUUGUGAGGGACUGUGUGAGCUAAUACUUCAACAAUUCCAGAGUAAAACUGCAAAAUCUUUUGACUUUUGAGUGAUAAUGAAAAGUUUUGUACAAAAGAGACACAAAACCUAAUCUUAAUGCUGACCAAUGCUGGGUGACUGAGAUCUGUAGUACCCUAGGUGACACAACAUUAAAACACACACUCUGUAGUGGGGGUCACUGCAUACCUUUAACAUUACCUCCAGAAAUCAUUGCCUGUAGGUGCAGUUUUUCCAUGUCUCCAUAAACACAGACUGCUGACUUUUUCGGGGAAGGCCUCAUAUAUUUCAACAAAACAAUGAUAAACCUCAUUCUGCAGGGAUUACAACAGUAGGACUCAGAAGUAGAAGAAUCCAGGUGCUAAACAGGCCUGCCGACAGCCUUACCCCCUCAUCCUGUUCAACACUGUCUGUAGGUUAAAUCUACUGCUGAUAUACGGGUUCCUGUCUCAUUGCAGUGAGGUUGUUCUGUCUCGCGCUCUGAAACGUGAAGCUGCAUGGUUAGACUGGACCAUAUGUCUUUUGUUGUGGAAUGAAACCACAGCCCCCUCCAGCUUCAGCAACACACUCACAGCUGAGUAACACAUAUUUGGGGUUGAUACAAUCAGGGCUUUCCACUGUAUAAGCAGCAUGGCCGCAUCAGUCACAGCUUUUUACUGUGUCUCUUGGACGAUUCUGCAAACAUGAACUGUUUUCAGCAGGUGUCUGUGAGCAGUGUGAGUCUGCAUGCUUCUGUCUGAGACGAUGAAAUAAACUGAUUGUGCAGCUUCUUAUCGUUGCAGUAGCAUUUUAAACAAACACAUACUGUGAUGCACCACUACCUGGAUGUAAACAAGUGAUAGCCAUACUCUGCAAACUGCUGUUUACCAGCCAAUGUCCAAAAAUCUCAAUAUCAUUCAGCUUUUUAAAACAUAAAACAGCUAUCUAGACACAACAAAACUGACGCUUGCUGUUAGCAGUGUCUCCUAAAUCUCCUUUUCAUGUGUUUUCUGCGAUUAGAAAACAGUUCUUCAGGUUUUCCAGGUCACAUGAGAACCUUGGUAUGUUUAUCAGGUCUAGUAUAUCAGGUCAAACAGUGACAGUGGGUUAUGGAUGAUUGUACACAUGCUCUGAGUUGCUAUGGCGAUGCUAGCAUGCCGAGUACAGACCAGAAUUUAACAUCAUAGACUUUCUCUAUCUCUUAUCUCCCUCUCUGCAUCUCUCUCUCCUCUUCUUUCAUUUUUAUCAUUUCUAGUAUCAUCGCCCCUCACUCCCUCACUCCCUCACUCCCCCCCUCUCUGCCUGGACUUGCUGGUCUGCAGUGUCUAUUUCAGUCUUUCCGUUGGGGUCAGAUUCGGCACAUCCGGUAUCUCAUCCAGUUUAUUGUCAUUCAAUCCUGCUGCGCUCCCAGAGGGCAUCAGCAGGGAGGCCCCAGGGUCUUAGUGCCUGAUGGACCACACACACAGACACACACACACACACACACACUGAAGACCUGGCAAUGUUCGAGUUAAAUACUUUAACCUUAUACGACUUCUGUUUUCAUACACACUUAACAUGAUGCACUUGUAUUUUUAUGAGAUUGCACCAUUUUUGGUACAGGCAUCCAAAGUAGAGACAGAGUUUAUAUGAUUAAUGACUAGUUUUCAUUGUGUUUUAUGUUACAACAGCAGAAAAUAAAAACCUCAAUACUUAUUUCAUCAGAGGUCUCGUGUGAUUCUGACUGGAUGGCUUUUGCUGGGUCUGUAACUGGGCUGUAAGUCAUCCUUUAUCGCAGUAUAAUUCUUGUUAUAUUGUCAUUAAUAGCAUUUUAACAUGCCUGGGAGACAUCUUAACUUACUGCGGCGUACUUCAGAUGUUUGUGGGGCAGUGGCAAAAAUAUCUAAGAGGGCACCUGCUGUAGUAUAAAAGACUAUUUACAUGAAACAAACCAUGAACCAAACAUCUAAUUAGGAAAAUGUUCCAGUUUGGCACUUUGUUCACAUCUUUAAACAGGAAAAGAGCAACUACAAGGCACUUUGUUUAUAUUUUAUAAGCUAAAACAGCAACUUAAUUCACAUUUUAUAUGUCAAAAGAGCAGCUUGAUGGCAAUUUAUUUACAUUAAAUUACAUUACAUACAGGACUUUAAGAGUUAUCUCUUUUCAGUCCAAAAUGUUUUUACUUUUUGUGGAUCUUCGUCUCAAUCUCCGGGAAAAGGCCACGCUAAGAGCGAAGAGCGAAGAGUGAAGAGUGAAGAGCGGGACAUCAGAGGAAAAAGAGUUGAAGGUGAUUCAAGGGGAGGAGAGGAGGUGACAGAAUAGGGAGGGAAAAUGAGAGGAAGGAAGAAGGGAGGAAAAAGAGAAGACAGGAGAGGAGGGAAGAGGGCAACCCCUCCUCGCUCCGAGCCAAAGGGUCACUGCAGACAGUUUUAAAUAGCCUGAAACCAUGAUGUCAUCUGGGAGAGACGCUGAGAUGCUCUGUCCAUUAAACUCCAUCGACCAUCAGCAGGUCGAGUUCAGACUGUGAGGAAGUCGGAUCGUGAGAGGACGGAUGAGAGACUAGAUCAGUUCAGAAGUUUGUUUCCUUUUAUGGUGCUGAAUUCAGACAUUUUCACCAGGAACUUUUUAAAAGUUACGUAAGGGGUCCAACCUUCAGUAAACGGACUUCAUACAACACUGAUGAAGUUAGCAUGAAAAAUAAUGGAUAAAUGCAUUUGAUUUGGUGUUGGACUCGAGUGUUUUUAUGUAUUUUUAAAGUCCAGUUUCAGUCGAACUUCAGCAACAAAUCAAUUUUCCUACCAAUCUGUGAACAUACUGACAUACUGACACUGUAAGAGGAUGAUAAAAACAAAUGAGACGACAUUUUUUAGCAUUUACAGGAGUGAUCAUGACUUCAUUUGAACUUUUUUUUUCCUGUGAAGCAAAAUUUAGGACUUUUUUGUUCUAUUUUAGACUUUCUAUUCUGUCUAAAAGUGACUUUUUGCAGUCCAACAAGUCACUUUUUUGUAACCUCCUUUUUAUUUGGGUAACUGAUCAGCAGAAAUCUUCACUUUUAGUAGGGAUCACUAGAUUUGAUGGCAGAGACAUGGACAUUUUUUUUUUACAUAGUUGAAGUAUCUUAUAGUUCGUAUCCAGCUUUAGCUACAUUGAGAGUGUGUUUAGUGGGUGUUUUUCAGUGGGUGUUUUGGAGGAACAGAGUGAUGGAGCAUGAGUGUGUCUCUGAGUGUGUGUCUGUCCCAGGGUAGAGGCUCAGUCAUCACUGAUACUCCCCGAGCUCAGAGGUCUAUCCUCAGGUUACCACUGCCUGCCUUCAGAAACACACCAUCUCUCUCUCUUUCUCUCUCUCUCUCUCUUUCUCUCUCUGUUUCUCUGCGCAACUGUUUCGGUUUCUCAGUUUGACAAUCACCAUUUUUACCAAUCACACAUGUAUGUUCGGAAAAAUUAAUAACCGUUUUCACCACCUCGUCUCAACUCUGGUGAAGCUGUUUAUGAUCAUGAAUUAUGAGGUGGUAUCUAUACUUGUAUAUCUUAACCUCAGCUCCACCUUCUCGCCUGUUUCUAAGUUGGCAACCUUUAACAUUUGGCUUCAUUAGAGAUGAAUGAAUAUCAUCACCAGGUCCAUGUUUGUUUCAACCAGUCAUAUCUGUUUAAUUGAACUCUUCUUCUCUUUAACUAUCGGCACAUGACUGCACAUAUUGGUGUGCUACUGCCACCUGUAGAUCAGUGACUUGUCUUGCAACCAUGUAAAAGAAUUUGUGCAGGACUAUCUACGAGGUUAAAGCGUCACUUUAAUUAUUCAAGGAUCUUCCAAAGAGACUUAUUUCCCACUCAUUUGAAUAGAAACAUCACCAUCCAGCUUACAAACCUGUGAAAAAUGAGUAGUUUAUCCUCCACUCCUAAAAAUAGGACCACAGUGGAUGUUCAGUUUUUUUGCAGAGUGUGGCUACCUCUAGCAGAGGAAACAUCAGCAGCUCUCAGUCCUUCUAACAAGUUAACAUUCACAUCGAGUGGUUAAAGGUCCUCCAGUUUUCAUCGAGAGAUGAAUGUUGCCUGGUAUAACUAGAGAAGCAAGCGGUCGGCAAAAUUCAUCUCUCGACAGGUUGUCUAACUCUGUGUUACAGUGUGUUUGACUGUAACUUAAUUUUUAACCAGACACAGCCAACAAAGGGAUUUAUCUCCAUUUUCUACAUCAAAUACUGUCGGUGUGGUUUAUGAAAAUAUACAAAUAAAGUUUUUUAUACAUAUGAGAAAAAAGGACUAAAACCAUGAGGAAUUCUCAGACAUCAAGAGUUCUCAGUCAUACACGGCUCUAAAGUAUUGAUCAGUUUUCCAGAUGAAAGCUACAAAUAAAAGCAGAUUUCACUGCUCCCUUUUCCUCUUCUAGUCCUUCCAUGCUCUACAUAUCAAAAACACCAAUCAAUACCAAUUAUUUUUACACAUAACAGCUACUCCCUCUUCUCUUUUGUAAUGUCCCAAUCGGUGUGUUUUAGGAGGCCACGCACUAGAAACAUGGAAGAUGGAAUAAAUAAGAGGCUCAUUCUCAGCCAAAAAUCUAGAAUUUUCAUGGUUAGAUGAUUCUGUAAAGUCUGUUCUGCUAAAUGUAGCUAAAUUCUUGGCGCUGUAUGUUUAACACGUGUCUUUAAAACAAGAACCGACUUCACACAGAUGCAUUUGUAAUGUGAGAGAGGAAGGUGCUGCUCUCCUCACCCUCCACCUCUCUCUCUCUCUCCCUCUCUCUCCCUCUUUCUCGUCUUCCAGCUGUUGUUAAUGGAGGCUUGAUAACAGACACUCCCUUUGGUGCUAGAAACUAUUUUAGCAUCAAUUUCUACAGAACAUGAAGUAAAAUAUGUGCAAAUAAGCUGAAGUCUGCAGAACGCAUGUAGGUUAGCACCUUAUUUCAUCCUAUUAAUCAUACCAUUGGUUUUAUAAAACUCUACAAAAUGUGCAUUAAUAAUCUCCAAAGUUUGUGUAUAUUCUGCAUAAAAACACGUUACACAGUAAAAAGACAAAAUAAAAGUUUUCAAACUUUCAAUACUCGUGGAAUCCUUGGUUAAUCAAUCAACCAAUCAGCUCCACAUCAGAGUCGAACUUUGAGGUACCCUCCACCACAGUCUCCACUGUUUGACAUGACUUGCAGUAUUUGUGUCUUGAUGGAGGAGUUGGCAGUGGUUUGCUCAACCAGUAAAGUAAUAUGAGGUCAUGGAAAUGGAGGGCAGGCCUCCUCUCUUUAACAAUUAGAUGGUCUGAUAGGCGAGCAGAGUAUGAGUGAGCCACAGCCACCGCUCUGCCUGAUGAGAUUAGUCACCAGGACUUCUCCUCUCUCCUCCGACUAAUUUGAAAAUGCAUCCUCAUCCAACUAACCUGGGCCUCCUUAUCGGCUCCUUUGCAGCGAUAGAUGCAGAGAGAUAAUGAAGGGAAGAGCACCUUUCUGCUGAGACUGCUGCACUUUGUACAGGAGACUCUUUUGAGGAAAGCCUGGAGGAAAGGAAGAGGUUUUUGUUUUGUUUGUUCCGAUCCAGUGAUGGAUCGCUGGUCUUGGGUUUCAUCCACAUCCCACAUCUCCACUCUUAUUGCUUCUGGAUUUCCCUGAUGCUGCUUUGUCCUUUUACUUUCUGAACAAGAGGACAAACUUAUGCAGUUAUCAAACUUUUACCAAAUUACUUAGUGAAAACGCAACAAACGUACAAACGUUUGACUCAAAUGUACAAGUCUUCUUUCAACGUCAGGUGUCACAAUAGAUCAGUGCAGGUUUUACAACAACCAAAGUAAGCUCUGUAAAAGGAAGAGGCAGGUGUGUGUUUCCGUGUGACCAGAGAGUGACGGUAGCGAUCACAAGAGCGGUGAUGUUUAAAGCCAAGACAUAGACAUGAUCUGGGUUUAUAAAUGUGAAUGCAUGUUCGAGUUACAAGAGUAAAGAAAAAAUCCAGUUGUUCUCUGAUUGAAUGAAAAGCUCACUCUCUAAAAAAGUCAUGAAUGAAACCUUAUUUCUAACCCAGUUUUGAGCUGCUACAAACUAAAGGAGCUGGACGCUUCUGAUACAGUGAGAGGUUUCAGUGCACAGAUCUUUAGAGCAAAGUUUAAAAGCCUCUACUUCCUCCUAAAAGUCUGACUUUGCUAUCAGAGGUGAGGUGAGCAUUAGAAAUCUAAAGGACAACAGGUUUUCAGAGUUCUUGAGUGAUUCUUGAGUCAUAAAUCUCCACAGAAACCCAUUAUUUCUCUUCGGCUAGAUGUUGUCUGAGAUUUGCUGCUGCUCUCUCUUACCUCCCUCCUCCAUCUAAUCUCAUGAUCUGGGCUGCUUUAAAUGCAUUUCCAUUUGGCCUCAUUACUCUCUGAGAGGACUGGCACCACCAGAGGAGAGAGCCAGAUAUCUCUCCCCCUUGGCCACUUGGCAGGACUGCAGUAUCUUUGUGUAUGUAUAUCUGAAUGUGUAUAUGUGUGUACAGUUCACUGAGUGCAUGUUAAGAAGGGAUUCAGCUGUCUUUGUGUUACACUGACUUACAGAUAUUAUACCAGACCACUUUUACUUUCAUUCAAGGCUUAUCUGAUGUCUGCACAGAGAUUCAAAUCAGUAAAAACUAGACAUGGACCUUUAAUCAAAUUAAGUCCACUAAACUCGUGCAUUUGCUGCACUCUAAGAAAGUUCAGACUAUCAGGGAGGGAUGCAAACUCAAAGUUUUCUCUAUGACUGAUUUUUGGAAAUCUUAAUAAUUAGUUAUCACUUAUUACUCACCCAAAAACAAAACAAAGCAGACUCUCUACGACAUAAAAACAAUACCAAGUGCAAUGUAUUUUCUACUGAUGGUAUAGCAAAGCUGCAGAACACGAAGAGGAGUUAAAACUGUUGAAUAUCAACAUGCAGAGCAGGCUUGUAAAAAUAAUCUCACAAUGUAACAAGAGAACUGAACAGGAAAUAUUUGAGACUCAUUGCAUCCAGUUUUCUGCAUACUUGUUCUUCUUGAGAAAAAAAGCACGUCUAUAUGAGACCAUACAGUUGUCUAUCAUUCUUAUAUAGGAUUGCAUCAGGAAGUCCGUGGAAAAUGCAGCCGCAGCACAAACAGCAGCUUCAUCAGGCCUUGCAGUUGCAACAUGCCCUGAUGUGUGCAAAGAUGUUUCACCGUGGAUACACACUGCAGAACUUAUGACCAUGUCCACACCUUCACACAGUCUUGCAUUAAGGAGCUUACUGCUGCAAAGCUUCAUUCAUUCAUGCAUCUGCAGCUCUUUAAAGCCAUGACAAUGAAUACUGUCCCCAAUCACAGACGUCUGUUUUAUCAAAAUCCUGUAUGUUGAAUAUGGGAAUGCACAAUAUUGCAUUUUUUGAAAUCAGAAAUGCUGAUAUUUUUAGGCUAAUUCUGGCCGAUCAUUUUCAGUAUGUUAGGUCUAAAACCUGCAACAUUUACCUGAUAACAUAUAAAGAAGAGAAAGACAAUGGUAUAUACUCGAGGAGAAUGGACCGAGAUAGCUUCAGGUACCAUGUCGAAACCACUCUAAAGGUAUUUCCGCCCAGUCUCUUUUAUUUAGUCUUGUCCCUGGUUACACAAUGUUUCUAAAAGGGUGGAGAAAAAUAUGUGUAGCAACGUAAGCACUCUCAUAAAGCAUAAUAAUUUGCAACUUGUGAAUAUGUGAAGGUCAAGGCGGCAUCUAACGAGCUCCUUCUGAUAACAGCGGCACCUCCUCAAAAACUCCCCACGAUUUAUAGCGGAGGAUCCAUCACUCACACACCCCCACCUGCUGAUAGGAAAGACACAGUCACAGAAAACUGAAAGUAACAUUGUUGUGCUGUGUAGUAAAUCUAUUGGAGAGAGAAGUUAGGAAACACUCUUAUAUAAUGUAUAAAAAGAUACCAAAACAGUUUAUACUUGUAGUCAACUCUUACAUAAGAAUAUGAGGAAUAAUGAUAACUUCUAUAUACAUUUAUGCACAUUAUUCUAACAAGUAUGAGAAACGCAAAGCUUUUCCUGUAUAAAGAUUUAAAAGUUAUUCUUAUAUUGAGGGUCUAUUUGCUUUGGAUAUAUCCAUUUAUCCAUCUGUGCAAACUCUUACAUGCAAAUGAUAAAUUUCAUAAAUAUAUCGUCAAAAGUCAGUAGUGGCUGUCUUCAGCACGCAGGAAGGAGAUUCAGGAAAGGCUGUAACACAACAAAUCAAGGUCAGCUGCUACAGGAUGAGAUGGCUGGAAUAAUAGCGGCUAUGUAACUGGUAUCAAUAAUCCGAGGAAGUGGCGAGAGUUUAAAGUGAGGCUCCUCGCCAACUCCUUACAAGCUUAUGAAGUCAACUCAGCAGCUUUGAUCAACAUGGAUACUAUCCAUCUAACACACAAGACCAAACUGGAGCACAACAUCAGAUUAGAUCUUGGUGUAUACUCUCAAACUGCACCUGUGUUUAUUUUGUUUGCUGUUUGUGUUGUGUGCCCAUUGCUUCCUGGAGAAAUUGUCUGCAAACCCCAACUUGGUAAAAUGUUGGCAGUAUGGCUGUCCUUGAGAUGCAAGAAAAAAACAAAAAAAACAGAAAUUUGAGAACCAAAUGUGGCUCUAAACAACUUCACCUUGAAGGAAAGUUCAGAGGUCACAGAGGGAUGCUUUUUACUAAAUGAGGCUUAAUGCAAAUAGUUUUUUUUUUCACUAGAAAGCUGAGAGAUUUCAAACAAUCCACAUACUUUCUAGUGAAAACAGUUCAGCUUUUGAUAUUGGUGACCUCUGACUUGGUGUAAGUGUUUUAAAGUGGUUGCUGUUCGGUUUAAAUGAUUAAGAUUAACUGAAUGGGACUGCUCCACCUCCUCUUGCACCCUCAUGCAGAUGAAAUAAAUCUCUGUUUCUCCUCCUCUGUCAUUUCUCCCUGCUUGGUGGCACAGCCAGCCUCUCUGUGUGCAGGUGGGUUUCUGCAGCAGCAGCAGCAGCAGCAGCUGUGUUUGACAGACGCUAAAUUACAGUGUGGACCUCAUGGUUGUUUCUCUCUGGCUCUGGCAGGCUAAUAAUAGCGUUAGCCUGAGCAGUGGAGAACCUCAGUGGUCAUGAUGACAUGGCUGAUGGUUGUGUGUAGGCGGUGCUGCUGGGUCCAUCUUUGCUUUAGUGCCGUUCAAACAUCUUAAAAGGAGUUUGUCGGCUACUGUUUGAUAUAAGUUUUGGUUAUUUUCCUAUUAGGGACUGUGAGGCUUGAAUUAAGUUCAGGAUUUUGGUUGCUGUUUUGGUAAUGCUGAUUUGACCGAACAGAGGCAGGUCUUAAGCCUCCUCUGAAAUAGCAACAGUGUGCCCACCUGUCCGUCAAGUCAAAUGUGCUUCUGAUUCACCAAUCUUUUAACCUUUAACAUCUUGAUACACAGGGAACAGCUGUUUUUAGCACUUCUACAUCGGCUUCAUUUCUCGAAAUCUGAGGUUGAUAUUUUCUCGCUUGUCUGUUAAACUUGCUCGCUGGAUCUUAAUGGUUGCUCCAUUAGAAGUUAACUCUACCACCACUCAUCAGUUUUUCUUUCCCUGUGUUUGCAGGUUUAUCUGAUGUGCCGUGAGCAUUGGGAGCACCGGCCUUCAGCCCUGGUGCCACCCGGCCUGGCUCCCCAGAAUGGACCCUGCUCAUUCCUACAGGGUGGAGCUGGACAGCCUGGACCUCCAGCAGGUCCCUGUGCUGUCGCUCGAACAGAUACGUGCCAUCCGGGCCAACAAUGACUAUGUGGAGAGGCCUGUUGCCCUGGAGCCGGCAUCCCAGUCUGGAUUUUUUUACGCCUAUGAUGACGGUUACCCUCAAGGAAUAUACUCCCACCACCCCCAGUCCUCCUUCCACUCAGCCCUGUCCCGCAGCCAAAGUCAGCAGCAGCAUGCUCACCUGGCCCACUUGAGCCGUUCCAGUACCAUAAGCUCUUCCAUGUCCCGGACAAGUGCCACGUCGGACCAGCGGCUUCUUGCAGGUUUGACCUCAUCUCACUCUGGUCUCGGGUCUGUGGUUCGUUCUCAGCCUAAGGGAGAACUCAAGCCUGACGUGUCCGUCGUUAAAGGUCUGACAGAUGACGAGGCGGAGCUCGGCCUUCAUUCAUUCAUCUGUGAGCGCUGCGGUCGUUGUAAGUGCCAUGAGUGCUGCGCGCCUCGCCGCCUGCCUUCAUGUUGGGCCUGUGGACAGCGUUGUCUGUGCUCGGCUGAGAGCGCAGUGGAGUACGGCACCUGCUUGUGCUGUGUAAAAGGUCUCUUCUACCAUUGCUCUGCCCAGGAUGAUGAGGAUAACUGUGCCGAUCGCCCGUGCUCUUGUGCUCCAGCUCAUGCUUGUGCUCGCUGGGGCACCAUGGGGCUGCUGGCGCUCUGUCUGCCCUGCCUUUGCUGCUACCCCCCUGCCAGGCUGUGCCUUGCCCUGUGCCAGUGUGCCCACGACCGCACCACACGCCCCGGCUGCAGAUGUAGCAACACCAACACUGUGUGCCGCAAGAUUUCCGCUUCGAAUCCAAACCCUGGUCACCCCACACUCCGCAGCAAGGCCCUGGAGAAGCCGUUAUGACAGGCCUAGAUGGGGGCCAGGUAAACCCAUCUCCCCUCAGCCGUCGCCAAAGCAAUGCUGUCGCCCACGGCGCUGCAGCUGAUAUUAUGACGACAAUGCCAUUGUGACCCACCUACCUGCAUACAACAAGCCAACCAAUCAACUGACCGUGAAGUGUUGUUCACCUUAUGUACCUUGAAUUUCUUCUUCUCCAGCUCAGGAGGGACCAAAGCUUUAUUGUGCCUGUUCAUGUUGGAGUCUCAAUGCCUAAAGCAGAAACUACUCCCCACGAAGGAGACGUUCACGUGCUUUGCAGGACCUUCAACCUUAACCAAGACUCACAGAGAAAAACCACCUCCGUCUGCGUUCUGUGCUGUAAUCUGGACGUCUAAUCCUCUUUAUUUAUUGUUGAACCUCCUUCUUCCCCACGUUUGCAAAGAGAACUCAGUGCUCAGAGACGGGCGUUGGACCAACACAUGAAGGAAAGAUGCCUGAGGCGAUGAGUGCGGUCCCUGCCAACAGAGUUUCUGUCCUCUAGAAACAGAGAGUGAGGAGAGGCACGGCAGGCGAGGACUUCAAUCACUAAGACAUUCAGAAAUUUCCUUAAGUAGCUGAAGAUGAAUGAAUAAGGAAAACCAACAUGGUGCUUUGGUGAAUAUCAGACUGGGACAAAGCACCAAAGCAUAGAGUGAGAACACAGACACUUGUUACAGCAGUUUGCAACCAAAAAGGGACCAUGCACUGUACAGACGGAGUGACUUCAGUGCUAUUACGCUGAUUUGUAAAGGAAAAGCACUGUGAGGUAGAUGGACAAUGUUUUCCCUGCAGCCCAGAGCUGAAUGGGAGGUUAUUUAACCGGAGGGAGGGUGCAUCCAGUGUGACGAGACAGUGUGUGUGUAUGUGUGUGUGUGUCCUCUUACUGUACAACAACCUGUGUAUGUAGAGCCUGAGUGUAAGUUGUUUUGUCAGCAGAAGAAGCCUCCCUUGUCUUAUUUUUAGCCUGCUAUAGUGGAGCUCUGAGGGUCUGGUCAGGUUUCCUCCUGAAGUCAGUCUGUCGCCAUCCUCCCUCCUCUGACCGACCUCCUUCGCUGCUGCCCCGCCUCCUCCAUCUCUCCUCCCAUCCUCAAAUCAAAGCUUGUAUUCAGCGGAUACACAAAUAGUACUUUGGUACCAACUAAUGCGUUAUAAUACCACCAUAGAAGUACUAUAGAAUAAAAAGGCAUCAAUAUGAAUUUAAGUCUGUUUUAAAAAUGCCAAAGAAACUCCCACAGGAGCUUUAAAUAUCUGAUAUUUUUUAACUUUUUUAACUCAAACUAUUUCAGUUUUUCCAGCUGCCGUCUAUGUGAGGAUAAGAGGUUGGUGGGACAACUGUUGCUGAUUGUAUUUUUAAACAGUCAUAGUAAAGCCAAGCCAAACUCAUGUCACAAUAAAAAGCCGCAAACUCCACAUGGCAAAGAGCUACACAGUCACACAGAACCUGCACAUUGCUGAAUGCCACAGCUCAUGCUCUUGUGCAUGUGAAACCCCCCAAAACAAUCUGCAUUUUAUACAUCAGUGCAACUGCAUCUCUGCAAACUGAAAACCAUUUAAUGCAAGAAACUCCAACACCCUGCCACAUAUGCCAGAUCGAUCUUAUAGAGGGGAAAUAUUCACAAUACAAAUCAGGAAGGUUGACAUUUAAACCUGAGGGAACAAAGCACUGGCUUUAUAGUUAGAGUAUUCAGAUGGUAAAGACCUUUAUGAGCUUGUUGAGGCUAUACGGUCUCUUUUAUGAGAAAACCCCAAGGACUGCUGGAGAGCCAGACUGCCAGGACGCCUGCUCAUUAGUCACUCAGUGCUUUUUACAGGACAGAGCAUGAAAAUCUUCCAGCACAUGACCCAGAUAGAUAAAGUUUAUGACUUCCUCCUCUUAUCCUGUUUUGAAAUCAUCACAGCACAGAAAGAUGAAAAAAAAAAAAAACACAGCCUCCACCAAACACAGUGAGCAAAAGCUGGCUGACACGAGGCGUAUCUUUCCCAGACACCCAUCUAUCCCCUCUUGCCUCGUCCGCCUCUCCUCUUACGCUCAGAGGGCUAAAAGCCUCCAGUUCCUGGUCCACAGAGAGUUGAUCAAACAGGCAAUUAGCUUCAUGAUAGCUCUUAAUGGGCCGGAGAAGAAUGGAGCGUGGGAGGGAGGGGGGGGCAGGAUGAGUGGGGUUGUGGUGUUUGGCAGAUGGACAGAUGAUGGGGAGAGUGAGGGAUGCUGAGAGGAGAGGGGUUGAUGUCAUCAGUGAGACGGAUGGAGAUGAAAUAUCUGAACUUUUGCAGCUCUUCAGGUACACGGCAAAGAGUUCAUCUAAACGCAGCGACAGCGCACGGCUUCUCUAAAAGGGAGGGCUCGAAUCUGAGUCAAAACAACACACACACAGCAUCAGGUGUGUGCACGUGUGUGUGUGUGCGUGUGUGCAGACCCGUGUACAUGCAUGUGCAAGAGUUCAGAGUGUGUGUGGUGAUGUGUGGAUGCUUCUCUGUAUGAGUGUGUGUUAGUCAGGAUCAGUAACUUCAGCACAGACACACACAGACUUGAUUUGUUCAAAGUUACUUUGCUAUAUUUUUAUAUGUAAAUACGGGCUAUUUACCGUAUGACUAUUUUUACUCUGCUUUAUUUCAUUUUGAUGAGACUGAUAUUAAUAGGACUGUUUCCUAUUAGAGUGAAUAUUUACUUUUUACCGUACACGUGUGACUGAUUUAGGAACUUUUGGGGUAACUUUGGCAGCAACCAUCCGACAAGCAUCAGGAGCCACGUAGAAGCCACCAGUUAUGAUCCCCUGUAAUCAUUCGUCCUCAGCCAAUCAAACAAUCAUGUCUUUCAGGGGGGACACAACUUAUCUUAAGGUCUGUUUCCUCAUUUUUUUGAUUAUGGCAACCAGAAAAUCCUCAAACAAAUUACGCAACUCACAAUUUUUUGCAUGGUAACACUCUGGCUUAGAGCCUCUGAUGCCUUAUAAAUGCUUAUAAAGGGCUUAGAAAUUAGCAAAACUGCAGUAUUGUUUUGUUGAUUUAAUCCACCUAUCAAUAAUUUUUUCAAGCAUUUGUUUAUUUUUAUUGACUUUCUUGGCCAAAAUGUUCUGCAGACCUAGUAGAGCUCCCUUAUUAUUAUUAUUUUUUUCCAUCCUCUGCGAUGAUGUCCAGAUCAGGGAUGUUCAGCAACUAAUUUUGCAGUCAGUCACAUUGAAAUAUAAGUUCAAGCAGGCCAAGAAGUCAAAGAAAGUCUAAAAUAAGCACCAUUUAUUUAGCAGUACUGAACACAGGACUGCUGCAUCUGCAGGUAAAUGAUGAUAAAAUUGGUUUCCAGUGUGUAGCUUAGGUUUGCAGAGCUAAAGUAAAUAUAAAGACAAGUUAACAUGCUGAUCCCUCAUCUGGACUAACAAUGUCACCAAGUUUAGUGAUUGCAGAAGAUGGGCUCAAGACAAACUUCUUACAUUACAUUAUCCUCUUACUUAAACAAGUUUACAUGGCGCAGGAACAUUGUGAUAUUGUGCUCGCUUAAUUUGAACACAACAUUUUUUUGUUUACUUGCAUAAGAUCUCGCUUCAUUUGCUCUUGUGAGUUUAUGCAAGAGAAAGGCUUUUCUUUUAUGCCAUCCAGUCUGUUUUCAGCAAUAACACGACAAUAAGACAAGACUUGUUGACUGAUGUUGCCCUAAAAGUUUCUUUUCUCAUCAUAGAUAGACUGAAUGCUGAGGAGGACACACUCGGUCUAAUUAUGGCCUUACUAUUCAAGUGUAGCAACUUUCACUACUUUUACUGUAGCCUGUGACAUUAUGAUUAUGAUUAUUAUUAUUAUUAAUAUUGUUAGAAGUACUGGCAACAAAAAUUCACCGUCUUAGUUACGACACCUGUUGACGAAAACCUCUUUACGUCCACACUUAUGUUGAUGAAUCUGAAAACUUUUCUUCCGAACAAGAGUGAAGAUCGGAAAAUGCCGAAGUCUAUGUGACGGCGUAGACAGGAAGAGGAAGUGUUCUUUUUAAAUAUGCUGAUGUGUGCUUGUCAAGGGAGCUGUUUGAUAAUGUUCUGGCUCUGUCUUUCCUGCAUGCAUGCUCUUUGUAAUGAAAACAACGCUGCAAAAGCACUCGAAAACCAGGACUGAACCUUAAGCUGGUUUUCAGAUUUGUCUGCAUUUAUGUGGUCGAGGCCUCAGGUGUGUUUUUGCACACACACACGUACACACACGUUUACACACAUGCUGUCUCCUCUACAUUAGCUGGAUGACUUCAGUCACAUCUUGGUGCUUUGGGGGGAGAAACUCGAGGAACUUUUAUUCGUUACCCUGAUUGUUUUCUAUCUGAGCUGAAUGAUGCUGCAAAGAGAAAAUGUAUUUUGUUUUUUAUUUUAACUAUUUGGUUUCAUCUGUGCUCACAGUAACUACAAUAAUGAUGCCGACAGCUGUCCAAUCAUAACUGCUAACAGACACACACACAGCAGGAUGCCGAGGUCCAGAUGGAUCAACUUAAGAGGAUUUUAAUUCGAAAUGGUAAACUUUUGGAACAUGAUUUUUUUCAGAUUUGCCUUUUUUCACAGAGAAAUCUGCAAAUAGGCACAAAAAAGGGUCACACUCGAAGUGUUUUGCGGUGCAGAAAAAUUUGCAUUAGGUGUCAUCAAAUUAAAGAGAAGUAUCUCAAACGAGCAGUCGACAUUCUUGUUUUUGUGUUUCUGCUGAUAAACUCCAGACUUCACUUCUUCACAUACUUUCUCCUGACUGCUAUGUGUGUAUCUGUAACUACAUCAAUCCAGAUCCUCCAAAGGUUUCAGACCUCCCUCCUUCAGGAGAGGAGCCCGUGUCGGGACCCUGUCUGACGCUGUACGUACGCAGGCUGCCACUAUAACCAGUAAACUUCUCCUCUCACGUCUUAGCAAGCAUCGCUUUUGGUACAAAUUGGCAUCUUGUAUGUUGUAAAAGAGUUUAAGGAGAGUAUAUGGAACAAAUAUAUAUAGAAAUCUAUCUAAAAUGAAUAUAUUAUAUAUGGAACAAUAUGCAUUUCACACUUUCUGUUUCACUGCUGAUAUUGCUUCAUGGGUAUUUAUUUAAAUGGUUGCAACAUUGGCAGUAGCACUAAUCAUGAGGAUGGUGUUUGAUGAGUGAAAUAUUUAUUUUCAGGGAAGAGGAAGAGCACCGAUGAUGUUGUUGUUGUUGUUUGUCUUUUUUCAUUUUGUUGAUUUGUUCCUCUUGGUGUGGUGUGGCUGCUGCUACCCUCCUGGCUAAAGAUGAACCAAUAAAAAGUAGUUUCCAAAAUGA